CAGGGGGCGUGUUUCUGUGCCACAGUGCGUCAUUCAUCUUGCGCAUGCGCGAACGCGCGCGGAAAUUCAAAAGUUGUUCCUUCAGUUGAACGAAGCGCGUUGUUAAAAACUGCCGUGUGUUUAUUUUGUCUCCGUGUCUCUGUCUCUGAGGAGGAUGGAAGAGAAGACGGAUAAAAACCCAAAGAGACCGAGAGACCCACUGGAGGAGAACAUCUCAGCUUCUACUGAACUGGAUGCAGUGUUAAAGAGAAGGCGCUUGGCUGCAGGAGGAGUUGAGAAUCAUAAUCCUGAGCAGCGAGCACCGAGGUCUCCGGCCCGGUCACGCCGCCUCGAGUCAGAGGUGAAACCAGACACACCCGCUAUCGCUUCAGUCCGACUCCGAGUUCAGCAGUUCACCCAGAGACGGGAUGUUGGAGCUGCUCUGGUCCUGCGCUGUAUGUCUGAUCCUGGAACAGAGAGUCCCUCUAGCACUUUACUGCAAGAUGUUUGUCACAUCGGUGAAGGAGAGUUUAGCUCUCGGGUGGAGCGCUUUAAGACACCGACCCCAGAGAGCAGCCCCAUCCCGACCACACCCAGCACACGGCAGCUUUCAAGCUUUGUCCACAACAUGCAGCAGCAGCUUAACACCACCAUGACCCCCAGCACCAAGGAGGUGUCCCGAAUACGCCAGGCUCGAGAGGAUGAGCUGAAGUCACUCAGAGUGAAGCCUCUCACAGAGAACAUGUGGCUCAAGAGGAGCUUCUCAGACCCCUCGCUGACGGAGAGGGUUACACCUCCGAGCAGCUCUUGUGUUUGCCAGAGGACCAGAAAAAUCCCUUGGCCUCCAUUACAGUUUGAGAACGACGAUCAAGAACCCGAGUGCAGUUUAAACUUCAGUGGCAUGAAUGAGACGACAGGAGACAGUUUCAGUGGCUCGUCUACCUUCACUGCAGAGACGCAGCCUUCUGCUACAGAGCUUUGUCCUCCAGAAUCUGUGGCGAGUCCACACGAGGGAAUGAGCACUUCUGCCUUAAUCGACAAGAUGUUUGAAGACGUCUUGCAGGCUGCUGACAGAGAAGAGGAGGAAGACCAAGAAGAGGAAGAACGAGGGGACGAAGAACGAGGGGAGGAAGAACGAGGGGAGGAAAACCAAGGGGAGGAAAACCAAGGGGAGGAAGAACAAGGGGAGGAAGACCAAGGGGAGGAAGACCGAGGGAAUGACCGCCCUGUCUCUGAGAGUAAAGAGGACACUAACGAGUCGAAGGUGAAAUCUCCGAAACCCAGCUUUGGAAGAGAUGAAGAACAGAAAGAGUGCAAGACCUCCAAUGAAAAAGAGGUGACUGGAGAGGAGAGUGCAGAGUGUAAUGAGGAAGACUUCCUGUCUCUCCCACCAAGCUGUGUCCUCUCUCCUCUCAGCAAGUCUGUGGAAGCUGUGGUCACACCUAUGAGGUUGACUACAACUGUGCCUCCACCCAUGGUGCCAUGUGUUCCUGCAGAGGAUGUGGCCACGUCCCCUGCUCCACCCCUAUACAGUAUUGAUGCAUACCGCUCUCAGAGGAAGAUCCCUCCUCCUCCUCCUCCUCCUCCGUCCUCUCAGUGUGUAACUCCCGGUGUUCAGAAGCAGGGUGUCGAGCAAUCUCACGUCAAACCAGCCAUCAACACCAAGGAAACUAUAAAGGCUCACAGUGAGGAGGUGUCCAAGUUGCAGACUAUUAUACACCAGACUCUGCAGGCCCUGAGCUGCUGCAGUGAUGAGGAACACGGUAAAGGAUCGCUGCAGGAGGCAGAAGCUGAGAAACUCCUGCUGGUUUCCAGUGAGAAGCUCGCAGCCCUGCUGGCUGAGAUCAGUCGCCUGAGAGAGGGCGGGGCAGGAACACAGCCGGUCUCCCACCCUGACCACCUGCAGCCCUGUAGAGGCACCAUCAGCAUCAACAACAUCCAGCUGCCCCUCAAGGUGGAGUUUGUUUGCUCCGCCCACACUGCUCGUCCUACACACUACUUUUUCAUACUGAUCCGUUACGGAGCGUGUAACAUCGUGGCCACUCCCCUGGCUACUGCUGCUGAUGCUGAGAACGGAGACACCAUCACCUUUUCUACCUCCAUCACACUGCAGGACAUUCGCGCUAACUUUGAGAUUGAUGUUGAAGUCUACAGUCUGUGCAACAGUUCCUCUAGUAGCAGCAGUGCUCAUGUUCAACAGCAGUCUCGCAGCUCCAACAGAUCAAAAGUGACUCCGAGGAAGAUACUCAGCAGCAUUAAGAAAUCCAACCCAUCUUCCAUGUCUGGAGCUUCAUCUUCUCUGGAUCCACGACGCUCCAGCAGCUUCUCUUUAGUGGGUUCUCAUAAGAUCACCCUUUCUUCACUAGGACAGAGCAAGUUCCUGCUGGACAAGAUGAAGUUUGAGGGCAAAAUCAGGCGGCUCCUGGGUGAUGAGUUUCAGGAAAAGGUGCCUUUCCUGUCUCCUCUGGAGGGUCACAUCUACUUGUGUCUGCACAGCGAGAGUCAUUCCAACGUACAGCACCAAGGAUUUCUGACGAUGUUCGAGGAUGUGAGUGGAUUCGGAUCGUGGCAGCGUCUCUUCUUUAAGCUGGAAGGAGUUAUUCUCUGUUACUGGAACCACCCCAGUGAGAUGGGCAACAAGCCUGCAGAGGGCAGCAUCUCUCUGGGUGGCUUUGACAGCGUGAGGCCUGUGGAGAGGGACUCCUGCGCUCGCCCUCACACCUUUGAACUGGUGAACUCUAGGACCAUGCAACAAGACCAGAGCUCCACCUUGACCAAGAGCUGGUUCUCAGCAGACACUCGUGAGGAACGAGCAGACUGGAUGGAGAAGCUGAACCAGGUGCUGCUGGACCUCCACACGUGGAGCCGACAGUGUGAUGGAGCCGACACCUCGUCUACCACGGCAACGUCACGGGAAAGCUUCCUGUAACACACUACUGAUACACACGCUGAGAUACAUCUGUGUAAGCAAAUGUGAAGGUUAAAACAACCUGAGUCAGAAGGUGUGUGUGUGGGAGUGUGUGUGUGUGGGAGUGUGUGUGCGUGCACGUGCGUGAGAGUGUGUGUGUUUUACCAGUAAAAAUUCAUCUGAAAUUCUGAGUAGGGGCUGAGCUGAUCAUAGUCAUAAUAACUAACACCCCACCACCUCUCUGUCUCUCUCUCUGUCUCUGUCUCUCUGUCUGUCUCUCUCUGUUUUUCUCUGUCUGUCUCUGUUUCUCUGUCUCUCUCUCUGUGUCUCUGUCUCUCUCUCUGUUUGUCUCUCUCUGUUUCUCUCUGUCUCUCUCUCGGUGGAGGUCCAUGUUUUUUGAGCUUUAAUGAAGAUAAAUGUUCAGUACACUAAGUACAUUAACGGUAUUGAGGGUCCUUCUUGCACCAUUUAGAGGUUUAUUAUUAUCGGCUCUAAUUUUGCAUAAGAAGAGAAAAAGCUUUUUUUAUCCACAUAUUCAUGUGAAGUGCGUAACCUUUAAAUUCUAUUAUUUCAUGAGAUUAUUACAAUUUUUUAUUUUAUUGCUUUUCAGAACAUUUUCACGGACUACAAAAAUUCAAGCUUUUCAAGUCUUUAUAUAUAACGAUGUUUUUCAUUUGCAUUUAUAUAUAACGAUAGUCUGUGUUCAGGGAGACACGGACACGGAGGGAGACAUGACGCAAUCACAACACUACACGUUAAACUGUACCGCGGUGGUGUUUGUGGAGUCUUCAGCAGCAGCUUGUAUUGGAAUAAACUAAUGAAUAUAAAUUAGCACGCAGUAUAAAGGAGUGUAUUGUUUACUGUUUGUGUUCUUUUCUCUGACUGUGUGUAACUGCUAUAGCUGCUACAGAAUAAAUACGGCUAUAAACACC